AUGGAUCAUUACCAUCUACAAUGCACCCUAGAAGAAGCCCUGGCUUCUUUCCAAACAGAGGAUUUCGACGAAACAGUUCUUUCCGAAAACUCGAGCGGGUGGGAGAUCAGCAGACUGCUGGAGAUCGAGUCCGAUCUCUUCAUGGACUUGAGCAGCAGCAGCUCCUCCCCCGUCGUCGGCCAAGACUCCGUUGAAUUAACUCCAUUAGCGGAGGAAGACGAGGAGAUGGUCACAACUGGCGACGGAGAAACUACAGAAGCGGUUACAGAAACAGAGUUCGUCAUUAAAGAUGGACCGGAUUCUCUGUUAAUUGAAGAAUACGAAGAGAAGAGGCUUCCGAGCCUGUUACUGAUGGGAGCUGAAGCCAUCGAAGCGGAGAACUUUGAGCUCAGUUCCUCUGUCAUCUCCGAGCUGACUCAGCUCGUGAACGAUCGAAGAGUCGUCGCAAAAAAUCGCGAUGCCUAUUCUUCGUCGUUAGAAAGGCUGGCCUGGUUCUUUACUCAGGGCUUGCGUCACAAAACCCAAAUGACAACUUUUAGCAACGAACAGUUUCUACGACCGUCGCUAGAGCCACCAACUUACUCUGUUUCAUCCCCUGCUUUCCACAUUCUCCAGGAGCUCUCUCCAUACAUGAAAUUCGGCCACUUCACAGCCAACCAAGCAAUUCUCGAAGCCACAUCGGACAACCAAAACAUCCACGUCAUCGAUUUCGACAUCAACGAAGGUCUCCAAUGGCCCCCACUGAUGGCAGAUUUAGCAGCCGGAGGAAGCUCCCCUGCCUCCUUGAGACUCACGGCAUUAACGUUGAAGAACACCAAUGCGGCUAAUUUUGCCCUGCUGAAUCAAACGGGCAGGCUGCUGAGGGAGUACGCCGACUCGAUCAACUUAUCGUUUGAAUUCGAGGCGGUAGAGAUUUCGAACGAGGAUGAUUUUGGUGCCAUUCGAGUUGACGAUGGCAGAGUACUUGUAGCUAACUGCAUGAUCCACCAGCUCCACGCUCCAAACAGGAGCUUCCCAUUGCUGAAGACGUUCCUUUCCGGGGUUACGAGUGGGCUUUCGCCGAAAUUGGUGGUGUUGGUGGAGGAAGAGGUGUAUAACUUCGGCAAGAUCCCAUCGAUGUCGUUUGUGGAGUUCUUCUGUGAGGCUAUCCACCAUUACAGUGCUCUGUCUGAGGCCUUGGUCGCGGAUGGGAUCGGUGGGAAUGGGUUGGAGAUGAUGGAGAAGGAGGUUUUGGGAGUGAGGAUAGUGAAUAGUUUGAGGGAGUUUCCUUGUAGGGCAAGUGAGAAGUUGGAGUGGGGGGAUGGGUUUGAGUGUUUGCAAAGGUUGUUCAAGGCAAAAGCUUUUAGUCAUUCUAAUGUGUCCCAAGCUAACUACUUGGUGAGCUUGUUUAGUGGUGGAUAUUGGGUUCAACAUGAGAAGUCUAGGUUGGCACUAUGUUGGAAGUCUAGGCCUUUGGUGACGGCUUCGAUUUGGGUGCCUAAGUGUGGAAGGAAGAGAAAGAAGAAGGCAUUCUAG